AUGUCUACAUUCCCUCAACCAACCGAAGUUAGACAAGAAGAAAUCUGCAGUGCUUAUGAUAAAAUUUCAGAGCAAGUCAAUAGUCUCUCAGCUGAACACUCUAAAACACCAGUACGUUUAGUUGCUGUUUCCAAAUUGAAGCCAUCUAGUGACAUCAUGGCGUUAUAUAAUCAUGGGGUACGUCAUUUUGGAGAAAAUUACGUUCAGGAGUUGAUAGCAAAAUCUCAGGAAUUACCUAAGGACAUCAAAUGGCAUUUUAUUGGUGGUUUACAGACCGGUAAAUGUAAAGAUUUAAGUAAGGGAGUUGAAAAUUUAUAUGCUGUGGAGGCCAUUGAUUCGCUAAAGAAGUGCAAGAAAUUGGAAUCAUGUAGAAAGAAUGCUGAGGGUAAAAGCAUUAACAUUUACCUCCAGGUAAACACCUCAGGCGAAGACCAAAAGUCAGGAUACUCUUUAGAGAAUCUUGAUGAAUUGCACGAAACCAUUGAAUUUCUUUUAGAUCCAAAACAAUGCACCCUUUUAAAGAUUCAAGGUCUUAUGACCAUAGGAUCCUUCUCUGAAUCCAUAUCUAACGACGAAAAUGAAGAUUUCAAAAGGCUUUUGACUUUGAAACAAAAAUUAGAUGAUAAAUACAAUCUUAAUUUAGAGCUUAGUAUGGGUAUGAGUAAUGAUUUUAAGGAAGCAAUCAAGCAAGGUAGCUCAAGCGUAAGAGUUGGCAGUUCCAUAUUCGGUGCUAGGCCAGCUAAGUAG